AUGAGACCUCUCGAAGAGUCGCUCUCAAGAUGGCGUGAAACACAAUCCCAAGGCGCACAUCUUGGCGAUCUCCGCCGCGCUGUUCAGUCUAAUGGUCCGUCAAGCCCUUGCAUAUCUGGCUGUCGCUCUCUUUGCUGGAAAACCUUCCUUCUAUCGACUGCUGCCGAGGGCUUGAGCUGGUCUCAGGUUCUAGACGACGGGAGGCAUUCUUAUACAGAACAAAGGGACCACUUUCUCAAGUAUAUCAAGCAUCCGGAGGCCCUUGCGGAGUUGAAUAUUGAUCCUUUGAACGAAGAUCCAAGCUCACCUUGGAACACUAUUCGUCAAGAUGAGAUUGUCCGCGCCGAGAUACAGCAAGAUGUUCAGCGGUUACCUGAUGAAGCAUCUUACCACGAAGAGCAGACUCAGGCAACUAUCAUAGACAUCCUUUUCAUGUACUGCAAGCUUAAUCCUGAGCGAGGAGGCUAUCGCCAAGGGAUGCAUGAAUUGCUCGCGCCUAUUCUGCAUGUCAUUGAACAAGAUUCUGUGGACCCUACGACCUUACCAGAAGACAUUCCUACUGACGAUGCCCUCAUCAAAACUCUCGACCAUGCUUUCGUCGAGCACGAUGCCUUCAUCUUAUUCUCCAAACUGAUGGAGCGUGCCCAGUCGUUCUACGAAGUUAAGGAUAACCCUGCAACACCCGCAAACUCUUUACGACCUUCGAAGUUCCCAGAACAAAGCUCCGCCAUUGUCGAGCGAAGUAAAUUUAUCCACGAAGUCUGUCUACAAAAGAUCGAUCCGGAACUUGCUACUCACCUUACCAACAUUGAGAUUUUACCACAGAUCUUCUUGAUUCGAUGGAUUCGAUUGCUCUUCAGUAGAGAAUAUCCUUUUGAACAAUUCCUGGUACUUUGGGACACCAUCUUUGCUGUCGAUCCGACUCUGGAGCUUAUAGAUCUUAUCUGUGUUUCCAUGCUAAUAAGAAUUCGAUGGGAGUUAUUGGAGGCCGAUUAUUCUGUCUGUCUUCAGCUACUUCUCAAGUACCCACCGCCCUCGGGUGCUUAUGGUCCUCACACAUUUGUUGAAGACGCAUUGUAUCUCAAGGAUCAUCUCGACCAAUCAGGGGGAUCUUCGCUCAUAAUGAAAUACACCGGGAGGAUGCCCGAAGCAUAUUCAUCACCGCCACAGACCUCAAGAACGGGCACCCCUAGCUUCCGUGGUUUCAAUUCGUUUAAACAAAAGGUACCAGGCUCGAGGUCGCAGAUAGCAUCACCUUCCAGGUUUAUCCAGCAACAGGGCGGCAUGGAAGCCUUAUUCCAAGGAGCCGCCAAGGGGGCUAAAGGAGUAUUCGAAAGGGGCGAAAAGCUGGGUAUCAACCAGGCCGUUAGAGAUGCCAUGGGAGAGAUCAAACGCAACAUAAAUGAAGCCCGUUCUGCGCCCAGAACACCACAGCCCUUGAUGGGUGAAGGGGAAGCAGCCAGGAGCCUUACAGCAUUGGAAAUCCGGAACCAACAUCUAGCAGCCAUGCUCGACGAGACAGUUGAAAACCUCAAAGCGAUUUCUGCAUCCAGUCUAGAAGACAAGGCUAAAAGUCUUGAGCUUAUAGAAAUUGCGGCAGCUAAAGUACAGUUCGUCAAGAUCUAUCUAGACGACCCUUCAAUGGAGGUGCCGGUUUUACACUCACCGCCAUCCGAGGAGGCUCCGCAGGAAGUGGUCGUAGCAGAGACGGCUAUCGUUCAACCAGAGCCAGUACAAGCGGCACCAGCAGAACUAGACGUCUCUGGUCUGCAAAUAUCUGAGCCAAAACCAGCCCCUAAAGAAGAGCCAGUGCAACCUUCUAGUCCUAAUCGAACGGAGAUAGCCACGGCUCAGGAGAACAAAUCUGCGAGUUUACUACCAUCUUCUCGGCCAGGUCCUGUCCCAACCCGAUCAACAUUGGCUCAGUCAUCCUUCUCUUGGAUGUUAGAGCCGGACGAAUCUGGACCUUCUAAGACCCCUGCGUCGUCGAACAAGUCACCACCACCACAGCACAAGAAAAGAAUUUCAAACAGCGCUAAUCGCGAAAAGAAUGCUUUCUUGUUUGGUGAAGUUACGGAAAACCGCAAUCCUUUGAACUCGGAUGAAAUAUUUGGCCUGGAGCCUAUCAAGAAACUGAAGGAAGCCAAACAUGAUGAAAAGGAAACGGAAUAG